UCUCUGUGUGUAAAAAAAAAUAUGAAAAUGGUGCAAGCCAUGAGUUCUUCUGUUCUGACACUAGGGUCAAUGAUCUUCUUGUAUGAAUCGUUGUUAGCAAGUGCAACACCAACAUACAAUGUGGUUAGUUUAGGAGCAAAAGGAGAUGGGAAGACAGACUCAAGCAAGGCGUUCUUGAGUGCAUGGGAUGGAGCUUGUGGCUCGGCAUACCCGGCUACGAUAUACGUGCCUCAGGGAACGUACUUGAUUGCAUCCAAAACAAUCUUUGUUGGGGACAUCUGCAAGAACGCUGCCAUCACCGUUCGUAUCGACGGCACUCUUGUGGCUCCCUCAGAUUACAAUGUCCUCGGAAAUAGCUUUAACUGGAUUGUAUUUGAGAAUGUCAAUGGUGUUUCUAUCUAUGGUGGUACACUUGACGCUCAAGGUACUGCUUUGUGGGCUUGCAAGGCUUCUGGCAAGAAUUGCCCUGCUGGUGCUACGACCCUAGAAUUCAGCAAUUCGAACAACAUUGUGGUCAGCGGAUUAACAUCACUGAAUAGUCAGAUGUUCCACAUUGUGAUCAAUAGCUGCAACAAUGUCAAGUUACAAGGAAUGAAGGUGUCGGCGCUAGGAAACAGCCCAAACACGGACGGCAUUCACGUUGCAGGAUCAUCCGGCGUCACCAUUUUGAGUUCCAAGAUUGCUACUGGGGAUGAUUGUAUCUCCGUAGGUCCAGGCACUACCAAUUUGUGGAUUGAGAGCAUUGGCUGCGGCCCUGGUCACGGUAUUAGCAUUGGGAGUCUAGGGAAGGACUCGCAAGAAUCAGGAGUGCAAAAUGUGACAGUUAAGACGGUUACGUUUACGGGUACACAAAAUGGUUUGAGGAUAAAGACAUGGGCCAAGCCUAGCAGUGGAUUCGUUAGGGGUGUGCUCUUCCAGCAUGCUACCAUGGUUAAUGUUCAAAAUCCUGUUAUCAUCGACCAAAAUUACUGCCCUGGCAACACAAAUUGCCCUAAUCAAGUGUCGGGUGUGAAGAUCAGCGACGUGACAUAUCAGGACAUUCAUGGGACAUCAGCGACAGAAGUUGCUGUGAAUUUUGAUUGUAGCAAACAGAAUCCAUGCAGCAAGAUAAUAUUAGAAGAUGUGAACCUCAUAUAUAUGAAUCAACCAGCUCAAGCUUCAUGUGUCAAUGCUGAAGGAACUUCUUCUGGUACAGUUCAGCCCACAAGUUGCUUGUAGCUACUUGCAAUGAUGGAGAAGAAAGUUAAAAGAGGAAAAACAUAUGUUUUUAUCCCACUAAAUAUUUUUGUCACACAAAUGUGUAGUUUAAGUUUGAGUUUUAUAGUAUAAUAUCUCAAAAAAUUGAACGUGCUUGCUUGAGCCUGCGGCGGUAUCAGCCCAAUAAUGGGCCUAGAGCCUGGCCUUACAAGUGCCUGCAGUUCAGUUCCCAUUUUUG